CCUCCCUCUCUGCUGCUAGUGGAGUGAUAAACAUCCAGAUACCCAGUGUACCGACUGUGGGCUACACACUUACCUUCACUUGUUCUGAAGAUAAUCAGAUAGUAACCUCUAUCUGUGGCAAUGAUGGACGAUGGAGUCCUAACCCUGAGAAUUUCAACAUCCAGAUACCCAGUGUACCGACUGUGGGCUACACACUUACCUUCACUUGUUCUGAAGAUAAUCAGAUAGUAACCUCUAUCUGUGGCAAUGAUGGACGAUGGAGUCCUAACCUUGAGAAUUUCAUUAAGUUUGCAUAUAGAUCAAGCCGUAUUUCUCUUACAGAACCCCCAGUGACCUGCCCAGUUCCCGGGUCUCCCUCUAUGGGUAUAGUGUGAACACUAGUGGUCAGUCUUACACAGAGGGGUCACAGGUCAUCUAUCAGUGCAAUGAUGAACACUUUCCCGAGGGUGUUCUGACUGCAACUUGCACAAGAGAUAGACAAAAUGGAGUGUGGGAUCCUAAAAUCCAAGUGCUGUGGUGUGCAGGACUUUGCCAGUCAACUGCACUGUCCCUGAGGACCCAUCCAAUGGCACUACUAUAGUGAACUAUGAGAGGUUGAACGAGACAGUGUUGGAGGGAACAGUGCUGUGUGACAAUGGACUCUCACUGACUGUACCCAACACCAUCAUUUGCACUAAUGCUGGAGUCUGGAACCUUGAGCCUAGCACCAUUAUGUGUGUGUCCCCAACAACUGUCCCUCUACUGGCUGAUAACGUUGGGGCUAUAGCUGGUGGUUCUCUUGGCAGUCUGUUUGUGGUGGUGGUACUGGUUGUUGUGGUGUUCAUAGUCUUAGUAAAGAAAACAAAAAGUAGCACCCAGCUGUCAGACAAUAAAGUUCCAAAAGUUGCAGCUGGUCCAGUAUACGAGGAAGUCGGUCUAGUAACAGCACAAAGAACACAAGACAUUCAAGUGGUGUCUAAUGAAGCUUAUGGACAAAUGGCAAAGCAAAACAUUGAGUUGCAGUCAAACCAGGCUUAUGGAGAACUCAAAUAUACAGCUUAAUUGAAAUAGUACUGUUGAUUCAAUAUGGUAUAUGAUAGCAUUCACUUCUAUUGUCAACAGUCACCAUGCACCUUAUUUUGAUUAUUGCUAUAGCAGCUAUUUAAACAAGCAGUUGCUAUAGAAUCAUUUCUUACUAGUAUAAGAACCUAUUUUGCAGAGAACAAACUAAUUACCAAAAGUGUCAUGAUCUG